GCCGCCAGGCAGCGGGAGCAGCACCGGCGCUCGGAUCUCGCCCGCCGCGGGUCGGUUCGCUCGCCUGCUCGGCGGGAUGGCUGGCUACCUGCGGGUCGUACGCUCGCUCUGCAGGGCCUCCGGCUCCGGGCCGGCCUGGGCGCCGGCAGCCCCGACAGGCCCGAACUUGCAGGAGCAGCCGCGGCGCCACUAUGCCGACAAGAGGAUCAAGGUGGCGAAGCCGGUGGUGGAGAUGGACGGCGAUGAGAUGACCCGGAUCAUUUGGCAGUUCAUCAAGGAGAAGCUCAUCCUGCCGCACGUGGAUGUCCAGUCCAAGUAUUUCGACCUGGGGCUCCCAAACCGGACCAGACCAACGACCAGGUCACCGUAGACCUCCGCACUGGCCACCCAGAAGUACAGUGUGGCUGUGAAGUGCGCCACCAUCACCCCCGAUGAGGCCCGUGGGAAGGAAUUCAAGCUGAAGAAGAUGUGGAAGAGUCCCAACGGAACCAUCCGAAACAUCCUUGGGGGGACCGUCUUCCGGGAACCCAUCAUCUGCAAAAACAUCCCACGCCUCGUCCCCGGCUGGACCAAGCCCAUCACCAUUGGCAGGCACGCCAUGGGCGACCAGUACAAGGCCACAGUUGUGGUCGACCGGGCCGGCACGUUCAAGAUCGUCUUCUCCCCGAAGGAUGGCAGUGGCGCUAAGGAGUGGGAAGUGUUCAAUUUCCCUGCCGCGGCUGGGAUGGGCAUGUACAACACGGAUGAGUCCAUCUCGGGUUUUGCGCACAGCUGCUUCCAGUACGCCAUCCAGAAAUGGCCGCUGUACAUGAGCACCAAGAACACCAUCCUGAAAGCCUACGACGGGCGCUUCAAGGACAUCUUCCAGGAAAUCUUUGACAAGGCACUAUAAGACCGACUUCGCAAGAAUAAGAUCUUAGAGCACCGGCUCAUUGAUGACAUGGUGGCUCAGGUCCUCAAGUCUUCAGGCGGCUUCGUGUGGGCCUGCAAGAACUAUGAUGGAGACGCAUCGGACAUCCUGGCCCAGGCUUUGGGCUCCCUCGGCCUGAGUGACGUCUGUGCUGGUCUGCCAGAUGGGAAGACCAUCGAGGCUGAGGCCGCUCAUGGGACGGUCACACGCCAUUAUAGGGAGCACCAGAAGGGCCGGCCUACCAGCACCAACCCCAUCGCCAGCAUCUUUGCCUGGACGCGUGGCCUGGAGCCGGGGAAGCUGGAUGGGAACCAGGACCUCGUCAGGUUUGCACAGACCCUGGAGGUGUGUGUCCAGACGGUGGAGAGCGGAGCCAUGACCAAGGACCUGGCGGGCUGCAUCCAUGGCCUCAGCAACGUGAAGCUGAACGAGCACUUCCUGAACACCUCGGACUUCCUGGACACCAUCAAGAACAACCUGGACAAGGCCCUGGGCCAGUAGUGGGCGCGGGGCGCGGCCCGCAGCGGGCGGGCCGGGGUGGGGGGGCAGCGGGCCGCGGCUGAGCCUCCCGGCCCCUCUCAGGAGGCCUUUCUAGGGUUUUUUAUAAGCAAGAUGUUUUUAAGAAUAUCUGUGUGUUUCCCCUCAUGGUGAUGUGAGGCAGGAACAGCGUGUUUUACCUCAGCCAGUCAGUGAGUUUUGCAUACUGUAAUUUAUAUUGCCCUUGGAACACAUGGUGCCAUAUUUAGCUACUAAAAAGCUCUUCACAAAACCGUCCGCUGUGUUUGUGCCCGAGGGAGGAGGCAGCCCGGCCCGGGGCCCCAGAGAAAGAGGCCCUCAAAGGGCCGGGGGAUUCCACCCACGUCCCAGGCCUCCAUUCACAGGGGCCACGGUGAGGCGAGGGGGCCGGGCAGCAGUGUGAGUGUCCUGAAUUCUACAGGAGCCGCCCGGCCAGCCGCUGGGCCUGUGGUGUGCAGGCCUGAAAUUACCAAACACGAUCCGGUUCCUAUAUGCUGAUCUCCACUUGGGGAUUGUUACCACUUCCUGGUAGAUUCUGGUUACGUUGCCAUUGAUUCAUUGAUUUUUUUUUGCUUUGUUUUAACCUCCUAAAAAUCUUGAGACCUCUUUAUUUACCCUUUGCUUGGUCCUCAGAAUGGGUUCCACACAGCGGUGGCUUCACGGCCCUCUGCACGGCUGCCUGCGGCUCGGGGCUGGGACUGUGAAUGGAGGUCCCUUGUAGUCUAGGCCCAUCGGGUCCCUAACUUGGGUUCCUCCUCGCCAUUCUUUGGCAAAACCAGAAAAGUAAGAUGGAAAGUUGCAGUAAAGCAAAACAGAUCCAA